AUAUAUAAAUUCCCACACAUCAGCUCCGAAACAAUUGUCCCCGGCCCACCUCAUCUUCCAUCCCAUUCCCAACAAACAAACAAACAUCCCCUUUCUGCACACACCUGACCCACAUCUACACAUACCCAUUCAAACUAAUGCUCUCUCUCUCUCUCUCUCUCUUAUCCUCCUACAACCUAUCCCAAUCUUCUGAUCUACAACUCCACUUUUUCUUGUUUCUCCUGUAUUUCUACGCGUUAUUCUUUGGAAGAUCCGGGGGCGCCAUUCACGAUCUGCAAGCGAGAUCAACCCGCAAGACCAACCAACUCAACAACAAGAAGGAAAAUGACAUCGUCUCGUAUAAUGACGCGAGCUUCACCAUCACGAAGACUGAAGGACUCGGGCCAACCAAGCACGGCCCAGCUAGCGGCCCAAGUCCCUCUACCGCCCUCGCCCCCGUCCUCAGACGCGCUGAUACUCGAUCAAGGCCUGCACCAAGCCUCACCAGCGAGACCACCACAGCCUAGCCGACGACGUGUCUCUCCCCGGAGGAGCAAGGUUAUGGGUCCGCGCGACCCGGUCCAACCGAGCACAUCAAGUCUUCCUCGGAAUACAUCCCAUCGGGCCCUCCAAGCUGCCAUCCAAUCCUCCCCCCACCACCUCUCCCAAACUCGGUCCAAAAAACGGCGCGUCGUCCAACUCCAAGAUCCCUUCGCCUCCCGCUCUUCUUCCCCCUCUAGUCCAACCAUCUCUAAAUCAAGCCGCUUCCCUAAACGCCCAAAGGCUUCCGCCGCUUCUCCCAUCACCGCCGCCUCUUCUUCUUCUCCUAACAUUCGCCCACUCAGGGAUUCUCCUAAUAACCCUUUCCUCGUCCAUCCCGGCGAAAAACCGCGUCGUGCCGGCGCCAAACGUGACGACGAAUAUCGCAAAGUGGUCUAUGUUUUUCGAGGAAAACGAAUCCAAUAUGACAGUGGAGAAGAUCUGAACGAGACGGGCGGUUCGCCAUUCAGCGGCGCCGUCCCGCGACUGCUAUUCCCAUCGCCGCCGAGUCCAGACCUCUGUCCAGAGAAGCCGAAGCAGAAAGCCUGCGAAGAAGAAGAAGAAGGACGGAGGAGUGGGAGUCCGAGAGGCCGCCGCAAUCAGCCGGCCUUCGAGACCCCCAAACGGGAUAAAGCCAAGACGUCUGCAGUGCUCCCCGAAUCCUCCCUGCCCACGCCCCAGAGUAGACCCAGACCGAGACGCUCCACUCUUCCCCCCAUCCUCUCCCUCACCGCCCCUAUGAAGGCUAGUAAAUCGAUGGCUAUCGCCAUGCGUUGAUCCCUUUUCUUUCUCUCUCUCUCUUCUCUCACUUUUCCAACUUCUUCUUUCUUGGCUUCCUUCUCUCUCUCUCUCUUUUUCUUUCUUUUUGGCCCAAUAAUAUUGGCAUCCAAACAUAUGUAUCUUUCCCCCCAAAAAACCUCAACAAAAACAGAUUCCCUUUUCAGGU